UGUGUGUGAUCAAUUUACGGUACACGAUAAACAACCAAGCCCAUAGGCCCAUGCGAUCUCCAACACCUGAAUAAACGCCCAAUUCCUAACAAAUCGAGCGACGAUCAAGGGUUCCUACAUCCAUGCUGCGUGCGUCUGUGAUACAAACAGGAUAUGGAAGAGGCUUUUUCGGUCCAUAUGAGCGUGAGAAAUGACAGAGAAUCCAUGACAUGAUUUUGGCAAGUAUCCAAGUCGCCCCACCGGUGCCUGCUUAUGACCUUUGACCUUCCCCAGUGAAUUAUGGGCCUGAUAGGCCUCUGCAUCACCAACACCAACGGCAGUGACAGAAUGGAGAUGCAAGUAGCAACUCGGGAUGGUUUCAUUCCGUUGUUUCUCUACACCCGGGCGCUGGGCCCCCAGCCUUGCUUCCAAGUGCCCUAUCGCGAGGGUCUUACGACAGAAGCGCUGUGCUGGCUCGCUGCCAGGGAAUGCGGUAUUCCACGCCUCAGUGCCAACCUGUUUGCCAUCUUCAAUGACGCUGAAGAAGUGUGGCUAGCUCCCGCCGCAAAAAUCAAACCCUCGGACCGGUCCCUGAUCUUUCGUCUCCGGUUCCACAUGUCGCCGUCGGCAACAAACAUCACGUCCUUGGAAGAAAGCGUGGUGGCGUACAUGUUUGCCCAAUACCGCCACGACUUCUUACACGACAAGAUUCCGAAAAUCACUAUGGAGGAGCGAUUGGGACUCAUGGUGUUGGACAUGGUGCGAUACGCCAACGAGAAUGGACGCAGCGUGCAACGCUGCUUACGUCGUGGUCUUUUCAAAACGUUCCUUCCAAAAUCUCUCUCAAAGGAGUUGAAAGUGCUAGAUAUCUGGAAACUGAAAAAAAAAAUUCGCAAGAGCCUCUGUGAGUUUGAGCGGUGUGAGCGAGACGUCAACAAGUACCGCAUGAUGUUCCUGAUCUCGCUGAUGGAGGAAAACGAAUCGUGGGGCUCGGAGGAGUUCAAGACAGUGAAAGGUCAACAAUUCGCUGUUAGUGCCGCGGCAAAAGGAGUCAAGCAGAUUGAACCAGCAAGUCAGGCAAAGCACUUCAAACUAUAUUUUGAAGACAUUCUGAAGGUUGGCAUGUUGGCAUCUCGCGAAGCAGGCUCCAAUAACUGGAUUGUGCUAGUCAACCAACGAGAAGAUGUUCCCAAGGAAUUUGUAAUGGAGAACAAGCAGCAAGCUGAGUCGUUAGUUUCACUUAUUGACGGCUACUGCCAUCUUCAAGUCGACUACUACCACUACCUGUUGCAGGAGUGUGCACCGCCCUCGCUUGUCCAGUUGAUUAAAAGCAGGUGUCAUGGACCAAUCCCACUGUCUUGUGCCAAGAGGAAAAUUGAAGAGGCUGGAUCGGAAGAUGGCAUCUAUCUCAUCCGACAGAAUCCUGAGGAUUUCUCCAGUUAUUGCCUGACAGCAAGACUGGACGGCAGGAUCAAGAACUACAAGAUCAUUAUCGAUGAGGACGGCUCUGUGGGAUUGCCCGGUCAGCGAACCUUUCCAGAUGUUCGCGGUCUGUCUGAUUACUACCGCUGUGCAGUCAACUGUGCUUGCUUGGAAGGACCACUUAUCAAAGCCAUACCUUACCAACCAAGAGAAGAGUCUCUGCGUUUACAUGAUCUUUCUGCUUUGCCGGAGCCACCCUCAAAGCGAACUGCCGAGCCUCAAAUAGAAUGGAUCCAAAAGGACAACAUCUCCAAUCGUCGGAGGUGGAAGAAACUUGGGGGCGGGGCUUUCACAUCUGUCUACAGGGGGGAAAUUAGACACAGGGACAAGGGGUGGAUCCAGGUGGCCAUUAAGUGUCCAAAUAAAGAAGCUUCACAACAGGUGCAACAGAAAUUCAGUCAGUCCGUUGACGUCAUGUCGUCAUGGAGCAACCAGUCCAUCAUCAAGUUUAUCGGCAUUGGGGCCGGCUUCAGUCUGAUCAUGGCGUUUGCGCCGUUUGGUGCCUUGGACAAGUUUCUCCAGACGAACCAAGCGGUGGUACGAUUGAGCGACCAGGUUGCCAUGGCAGUACAGUUGAUUGAUGCGCUGGAAUACCUGGAAUCACGGAAGAUUGUCCACGGGAAUAUAUGCGCCCACAAUGUACUUGUUGUCAGGAGCUUGCCCCGAAUCAGGGUCAAGCUGGGUGACCCCAUGCUCAGCAGAUACUACCACAGCUUACAGAUGCCCAGAAAACUGAAAUGGGUGCGUUGGAUAGCUCCUGAGUUGUUGCGAACCAACGCUGAGCCCACGUUGGAGAGCGAUCGCUGGAGCUUUGGCAUGACUCUCUGGCAGAUCAUGGCUAUGGGCAAGAUUCCCUUUGAGAACAGGUCUGACAAUGAGGUUUUGCAAUUGUACACAAACGACAAGUUCCCACCAUUGAGUCCCCACUACACUGAGGCCAUUAACACGCUGAUCAAGAACUGUUGGCAUCGAGUCCCCAGUGAUCGGUACACCUGUAAACACCUGUUGAUGGACCUCAACCGCAUCUAUAUGGGAGUGCAAGAGGGGGACGAAGCGGCUGCCAUGCAUUGGGAGGUGCUUGAUGAGGAAGACGGCCCAGAGCCAAUCCUGGAGGACCUCUCUGAAGGGGAGGAGGGUGGAGACGAAAGUUGGAACGAUGGAGAUCUGAUGGACGAUUCAUGGCAAGUUCCAUCGUUCUUCAACAAUACGAUGCCCACUUACCCAGGACAAGGUUCCAAUCAGAAUGACGGAUAUCCAAGCACGGGGCGGCUGAUGAAGUUCUAUGGCAUCGAUAGGGUUACAGAGGGAACAUUGGAGAUAAUUGGAAGUCCCAUCGGGAAGGGUAACUUUGGGUUUGUCUAUCAAGGCGUCUGGACUCGAGGUCCUAUGAACUACUUACCGGUGGCCAUCAAAGAAAUCAGAAGAGAAAAGUCAACAGAGCAAGAACUGCAACAAUUUGAGAAAGAGAUCGAACAGCUGUCCAGUUUUGACCACAAGAAUAUCGUCAAGGUGCUGGGGGUCAUGGAAGCUGGGCCGGAUAACCCACUGCGUCUGGUCAUGGAGUAUUUACCCCUUGGAGCUCUGAGUGAAUUCAUGCUAGGAAAGCGAGAGAAAAAGUUGGUAGUCAGUCUGUCGACGAUGUUGACAUUUGCACAGCAGGUGGCACAGGGUAUGGCAUAUCUGGGAGUAAUGAACGUAGUGCACAGGGAUCUGGCUGCGCGUAAUGUCCUGGUGGCCUCAGACGCAUCAGAUACCACGGAGCCGGAAGUCAAGAUCAGCGAUUUUGGCCUUGCACGGAAGUACACCACCGAAGGGUAUUAUGAAACCUCCGGACAAAACAGACAGCUGCCCCUCUUGAUGUACGCCAUUGAAUGCAUUUGGCCUGAUCGGGCCAAGUUCAGCAGCAUGAGUGAUGUCUGGAGCUUCGGCAUUCUCCUGUGGGAAAUCUUCUCCUACGGUGCAAAACCAGUGUACAGCGAUGCAGAUGGAACAAAACGUCGUGUGGAGGACGUGGAAGUGUUUCUUCGGCAGGGAAAACGGCUUCCAUUGCCAGCUGGCUGCCCGCAGAUCAUGUACACCAUGAUGAACGAUUGCUGGCGGCUUGAUAAGCACAAGCGACCACCAUUCUUAGAGUUGGUGGACCGCCUAGGAAAAUUGCUUGAAGACCCGUCGGUCGUGCACAGUUCGUAGUGAGUGUUUUUGCAGGAAUGUAAAGGGUGCUGUCGGUUCACACAUGGGCUGCCUUUGCAGUCUGGUUUCCAGUGGGCAUUGUGUACCAGAUUGAUGCGGAGAGGUAAAGAUUAUCGUGAGCACCAGUCUGGACACGAAGGGGAGUCUUUUCGUCUCUGUUGGUUUUGUGCAAGAAUUAUACAGGCUGCUGCUGGUUUAUAUAUACUCAGCUGCCAUUGCGGUCUGGUUUCCAGACUGCAUUGUGCACUAGAUUGAUGCGGAGAGGUUAAGAGACCAUCACGAGAACCUGUCUUGGACACAAAGGGGAUCAAGUCUUCUUAUCACAGUGGAUAUUGUGUUGGAAUGUAGAGGAUGCUGCUGGAGAAACAACUUACAGGAGCUGAACGAAGAUUUCUCGUGUGUGUGUGCGGCAGGUUAGCAAGACUUCCCAUCUAGUUCAACAGAGCAUGAUUGAAUCACGUCUUGGUUAAUUCUAUGGAGACCACCAAAGUAUCAGUAGUUGGCUCCUCCAGCGCAAACAAAUCUAGCUCUCUGCAUAUGUACAUGCUGUAAACAACCCUAUUAAGGUCAUACUGUGGAUUAUUUACAAUUUUGUGUAAAAUGUGAAAUUUUAGAGCCUGUGGCUAUGGAAGAGUGGUUUUGCUUCGAAAACCCAAAGGAUGUUAUUUUUAUAUUUCGAAUGAAAUUGGGUCGACGAGGGUGUGGUUGAGUACUCAGCUCAUUGAACUUCCAGGAUGGGUUUCGGUAUGGCAUUCGUUGUAGCGAUAGCUCGCCCGGUCUCUUUUUUGCCCCUUGUCAAUUAAGCCAUGACAUGAUCCAGCGAUAUUACUCGAUUUUUCCAUUCCCUUGGAAUACAAAAUCUUAUCAAAGGAUUUUCACACAAUUUGUAAACGUGUUUUGUUUAGUGUGUAUAUUGCAGCAUCAUGUAAGUGCAAAUGACGUUUUGGCAGUGAUUCGAUUCAUUUCAGAAAAUCCCCAUGGGGAAAAUUUGGGCGGGGAAGGGACCCCCUUCUUUUUUCCUACUCUGUGCUUUGUUGGAUAGCGGUCGCAUAUUGUUAAGUUUUCUGUAUUUAGGUGCUGCAUUAACUCGGCAUUAGGGUAUAAAAAUGUACAUAAGUUGGAUCUCGGUAGAAGACAAGGCACCAGAAAUCACUGAUGAUCAAUGACAGCUGUUGAAUAUUCAUAUAUCCAAAUAUGCUGCAGCCCCUAAGUGAAUAAAUGAAUAAAUCAGCAGUAGGUGGUGCUUUAUACCAAGAGGUGUGGCCAAGUGGGAUCACUUUGGACUCUACGUUUAGUUAAUAGUGUAGUGAUCUAAAAAAAAAUAUAUUAAAAAAAAUUAAAAAUGCUUUAGCUUUUAUAUUAUACGGGUGUAACUUGGUCAAGGCAAACUGUCGUUUCAAAAGUACAGGUAUAAAUGGUUCGGAAAUACCUGUAUCAAGUAGGCAUAAGUAGGUACAAAUGGGUAUACAUGUAAAUAGGUACAAAUGGGUAAAAAUAGAUAUAAGUCAUACAUGUAGACAGUUAUAACUGGGCAUACAUUUGUAAAUGUGCACAAAUGUACAGGCUCAAAUGGGUGAAAAUUGAUUUUGUUAAAUACAAAAAGGUGUCAAGUUGACAUAAAUGGGUGCAGCAUGAAAUAGGUUAAGGUGAAUAAAUUGGGUGCGAAACCUGGGGAAGAAUUUGUACUGAUCUCCCAUCUGAAGGAAAUCUAAGUAAUCUCAGUUAAUUGAAAGACUGACAAUUUGUCUAGUAUUAAAAUUGUGCUGUUCAUAUUGUUAAAGUUACGUGUUCAAAGGUCAACAGUUAAACGGUGGUUACAAAUCUAUGUAAUUCUUGAAAAUUCAGUUUGUUUCGCCAAUUUUGCGCUGGAUUUAUUGCAAUUAAUAGAAUAUUAUAAAGUUAAAUGCUACAUGUACAUGCACAUAAGAAGACUAAAUAGAUCUGUAUAUAUCGCUUUGGGUUUACUUUCGCCCAGUUGCGAGCUUAUUGUGCAAGUGCUUGUAAAGGUUUUGGAUCAGUGCAUACAACUGGUUCGCAGCGUUGAUCAUGUCAGUAAAUGAGGUGUUUAUGUUAAUUAGUAACUGUAUAAAGUAUAUCAUGGGCCCCAGAAAGUUCUGAUACUUAAUGAUGUCAGUGUUUACAGGUGUGUUUUAUUGAAGGAGUUGGGUUGGGACGAGGCGAGAGGAUAUCGCCCUUCCUUCACUCACACACCGUCGUGGGGACUUUGCCAAUUAUCAACGUAGCAGUAGAAGUAGAAGUUUUACAACUUGUGGAGGAAAUGCAUACUUCGCAAAGCAUUGUUAAUACCGGUAAUUACUUGCAGCCUUCCUUGAUGAAUACACGCACAUUCUGUGCAUGUGUAUGCUUGGAAGUGUUGACCCAUGUCACCAGUUGUUCUAUCCAAUGAGAGCACAAAGACAUUUAGUGCCUCUUAUGAUGGAACGGUUGUCAAAUGUAGUACCAACCUCUAACCCAUAAUACGGUAUGGUUUCUAGACCAAACGAUUCAGACUACUUAUCCGACAAAUCUUAGGCCAGGUAGCCGACAUGUAAACAAAAUAAGGUUUACCAAACACGGCCAGAAUCAUGCCAGUUCCGAAAAUGUCCGAAGUUUGCCGAAUUCAUUUCGCUGACACGCGGAUGCUCGCAUUAUGUAUGCCGAGAAAAUGUGACGCGUCCCCAGCAAUUUUACAUCUUACUGUUACAGAACGUUUUCACAAAGUUUUACUUGAAAAUGGUUCACUGCCUUACAGCAGAUUGUUACCGCACCAGUUACAACCACAGUUGUACUUAUUUUCGCUUCAAAGAGAAACAGCUAGCCAUAGCGAAAAAAUGGUAUAAAGGACCGUUGCAAUGCGCUUGAUCAAGUAAUCACGGCUGCACCGAGCUGACCACGGGCGUAAACGUAGUUUUCAUUCAGCAACAAAAUACAUGUCAUGCUUGUCAUCACUUUUGAACAUUUGGAAUUCAUAAUUGUCUGCGCAUUACAAUUUCAAUGGCAGGCGUAUUGCCAAGUAUUGAAUGUAUCUUUCCCUACAUGUACCGUACGUAGAAAAUGAACCCAGAAUGCACUCGUACGGGGUGGAGGGUGGGGCCUUACUGCGACAUGUUCUACUUUUGAAUGUGACGGUUACCUUAUGACAUAUACAUAACAUGUACAUUAGGAUCAUGUGGUCAGGGAACCAGACUAACCGUGAGAAAGCACACGUGUAUCAAGCAGUGACGUCAUUAUGUAUCGGGUUCAUGGGUAAUAAUGAUGGUGCAUGCCCAGUUGGGCAUACUGUAGGAGUGCCUUGACUGUUCAUGUGAUCUAUUAAGAAUCAUUGUAUUUUAUAUAUCAAAAUAAUUUACAUAUUUAUGAAUAUGUAUGACGAAUUAUAAAAUAUGUGUAUCGAAACGUAAUAAAGGGAUGUGACAUGAUGCGCGUCCGUGGGACUUAACUUUA